CGGCGAGCGAGGCACACAUCAUCUAGUUGUGUGUGUACGAAUAGUUUAUAUUGCGCUACCGACUCAUAUUGAGUGACAACCUGUAGUUGUAGCUUCUCUGUUAAAAAUGUUUAAAGUUAAUAAAUCAAUAUUAACAUGUGUUCUAUUAGCAUUUUCCACAGUUGUAGUAAUGGGCCAUUCACACUCACAUUCUCAUGAUGAGCCGCCGUCGUUCAAGUAUUCGAAAGCUGCAAACGAACAACACGAAACAAAGUCAGAACAAAAAAAGAUAACGGAACCAGACUACGACCUGUACGUGAAUGCCCUGAGUUCUACGGUUUUUAUAAGCAUAGUGCCAUUCUUUAUUCUCUUCUUCAUACCUAUAGAUGGGACUGUUGAGAAACAACCACUGUUAAAGGUUUUGUUAUCGUUCGCUUCGGGCGGACUUCUUGGAGAUGCUUUUUUGCACUUGAUACCGCACGCACUAGCGGCGAGUGGCGGUGAAGGCGGCGGGCACAGCCACUCGCACGGCGGCGAGCAGCACGCGCCGCACGACACCAGCGUCGGGCUCGGCGUGCUCGGCGGCAUCAUCGCCUUCCUAGUCGUCGAGAAAUCCGUGCGGCUGUUUAGUGGAGAACAUGGACACUCCCAUGGAGGCGACAAGAAGAAAAACGACGACAAAUUGAAAAAGAAGGGAAAGGACAAAAAAGAGCCUGAGAUCAAAAUAGCCGGAUACCUCAACCUUGCUGCAGACUUCACGCACAACUUCACUGACGGUUUAGCUAUUGGAGCAUCAUUCAUUGCUGGGAAGAAUAUUGGUUACAUCACUACUGUCACUAUUUUGCUCCAUGAAAUUCCUCAUGAGAUUGGAGACUUUGCUAUUCUGGUGCAGUCCGGCUGCUCACGGAGAAAGGCCAUGAUGUUGCAACUGCUGACUGCCUUUGGAGCGAUCUCAGGGACUCUCAUCUCAAUUUAUCUACAAGGCUAUGAGGACAGUGUUGUAUCUAAGCUAGUACUUCCUUUUACAGCGGGAGGCUUUAUUUAUAUUGCCACUGUUUCAGUUAUUCCAGAGUUGUUGGAAGGUGCCAAUAAGUUGUCACAGUCUAUCAAAGAAAUUAUUGCACUCCUAGCCGGUGUGUACAUGAUGGUACUUAUAGCACAGUAUGAAUAAAUAUAAGUUCAGUGUAAA